CUUCCUAACGUGCGGAAGGGAGCACCAGAAGUCAGAACCCGAAGUCCUCAGAGGGCUGCAGAAAGUUAGCAUCUGAGGAAAGACCGGGCUCCGGGCGCGGGGGCACGGAGGACUGGAGGAAGUGGGAAAAGGAGAACGGCCUUCAGACGUCCUGGAGACUGAGUUCCGGCAAUCUCCCCGCUAGCCUAAGCCUCAGUUUCCUCGUUUGUAAAAUAAGGGGUAAUAAAAAUACGAGUAGUUAUGCAGGUGUGACUAAGACAGCAUGAACUUUACCCCGACACACACCCCUGUCUGCAGAAAACUAAUAAUUGCUUCCAAAUGUGGUGUUGCCUCUGGCUUCAGUGAUCCCAACAGGUGGAAGGGAAUGGCAGACUCGGUGGAGUCAACUCCCUUGCCUUCAGUUGAGGAUCGUCUAGCCGUCCUCUGCCCUUCUCGAGAGCUUCUGGACUAUUAUCAGAAGAAGAUGGCUAGUUGUGAGGCAGAAAAUGAAGAACUCUUGAAGAAGCUAGAUCUCUACAGAGAAGCUUGUGAAGGACAGCAUAAACUUGAAUGGAAUUUGCAGCAGAGGGAGGAAGAGAUUGCUGAAUUGCAGAAAGCUCUUAGUGAUAUGCAGGUUUGCCUUUUCCAAGAACGGGAACAUGUUUUACGCCUCUACUCAGAAAAUGAUCGACUCAGAAUCAGGGAACUGGAAGACAAGAAAAAGAUUCAGAAUCUCUUAGCUCUUGUGGGACCAGACAUUGGAGAAGUGACUUAUUUUUAUAAGGAGCCUCCCCACAAAGUCAGUAUUCUCCAAAAGUCUACCAAGGCUGUUGAUGUAUAUAAUCAGAAUGAGCCUUCCGCUUCCAGAGCAGAUCCUAAAGUAAACAAAAAAAGUCUAGCAAUAAAAGAAAAAGACGACAGCUUUGAGCAUUACCAAACAGAUGUACAAACACUCAUCCUACAGGUGCAAGCACUUCAGGCACAGCUGGAAGAGCAGACCAAGCUUUCUAGAGAACAAGUUGAAGGGCUCAUGGAGGACAGACGGAUUCACAUUGAGGAAAUACAAGUUCAGCACCAGAGAAAUCAGGAUAAAGUCAAAGAACUAACCAAAAGUCUCCAUCAUACCCAAGAACUGCUCUACGAGAGCACCAAGGACUUUUUACAACUGAGAUUUGAAAACCAAAAUAAAGAGAAAUCAUGGAUGCUUGAAAAGGAUCAUUUGAUGUCAAAGAUUAAGCAAUGUAGGCUACAGUGUAAGAAGAAAGAAGAUAAAAUUGGAAAAAUUUUUCCAGUUUUACAUGAGACUCAUCAUACCCAAAAUGAAUAUAUUAAGUCUCUAAAAGAUAAGUUAGUACAAGAGAAAAAGCUGUCCAACAUGUACCAAGAGCAAUGCGUUUCCCUAGAAGAAGAACUUGCCCGCAUUCGGGAGGAAGAAGGAAUGAGGAGAGAGAUCUUCAAGGAUCGCUCCAACAAGAUGGGGAAGCGCUUACAGAUAAUGACAAAACGCUAUGAGGCCUUGGAGCGUCGACGCACCCUGGAAGUAGAAGGCUUCAAGACAGAUAUUAAGGUUCUCAGACAGAAGCUGAAAGACUUGGAGCAAAUGCUGUAUAAGGCAACAGUUACCACCCGGGGAAACCAGGAUCUUGCCAUUCUAUAUGAAGUGCGUGAUAGCAAUAGACGAGCACAUAAGAUACAAGGAGAACUGAAGAGCCUCAAGUCCAAACUGUUUGGUCUGGAGAAUGAACUUAGGCUGUGUUGAUACCUACUUCCAGAAUAGGUCAGUUUCCUGAAACCUGAGGCAAGGUCAUCUCCCAGAAAGUGGACCUAGAGCUGAGCAGAGUAAUGGUAUCUAUUUUUAUAAAGACGGUGUUAAGGCCUAGUUGUUCAUUCUUAUAGCCCCAGCUCUUGAGAGGCUGGGGCAAGAGGAUUGCUACAAAUUGGAAGUCAACCUGGUGGCACAUGCCUUUAAUCUCAGCACUUGGGAGACAGAGGCAGGCAAAUCUCUGUGAGUUUGAGGCCAGCCUGGUCUAUAUAGUGAAUUCAGGCCAGCUGAGACUACAGGGAGA